CAAAGGUUCAUCGUUCACUUAGAGGAGACGCGUACAUGAAAAAUAUGGCGUUGAUUAAACUUUUUCUUCUAGUGGCAUUUUGUUUGGAGUUUUCUGGCAGCAGUAGCAUACUUCUUGCACCAUUUGAUAUAGGUUAUAAUAGCCGUAUAAGAAAUACCCUGCGAAUUGGGCGAAUGUUACUACAAGCUGGCCAUGAAGUGACUGUAGUCGUAUCAGAUAGGAUUCAAAAUGAACCUCUGUUUAAGCAUGCCGAGGGCUCUAACUUGGACAUUGCGUUCAGGGUUUUAACCUACAAGACCCCUGCAUAUGAUCCGGAUACAGCUCAAUCAACAGUAAAUCAGGAAUGGAUCAACUCACAGUUAUACAGCCCCUAUACCACCCUUCUACAAAUACUCAGUCAAGCAUUUGAACAAAAUUUAAAAUUUGCAUUAGAGGACAAGGAUUUAUGGAAUGAACUAGCAUCAUCAAAAUUUGAUUUAAUUUUUGCAGACGAAGCUGUAUUUUUCCCGAGACUGGUUUCUGCAUAUUUUGACAUACCAAUGAUUGUGUACAGUAACUGGGGUCCAAUGUCACUUGAUGCCAAUUUCGUACCAAAAUUUAAUUUGGCAUUUGUUCAUGCUUUUUUCCCAGCAACCUACACUGAUGAAAUGACAUUUACAGAACGGUUCAUGAACGUUGUAGAGUAUUGGCGUAUAAAAUGGAUAUGGUAUGAUAUACACAACAGAUUUAUCUCUUUCUGCAGAGGACAUGACUAUGGUGAUGCAUGUGACAAUAUACGAGAUGCAUACAAGACUAUAUCACUAUUCAUGAUGAAUAGAAAUGAUGCUAUCCAUUACCCUGCCCCAUAUAUGCCCCAUAUCAUAUCUGUCGAAGGAUUUUUUGUUAAGUCUGAAACACAACCUUUAGAAAAGGAGUUCAGUAAUAUCAUCAAGAAAGCGGGGGAACAUGGCGUAAUUGUUGUUAGUUUUGGUUCUAUGCUUCGUCGAUUAGAUCCUAAAACGAGUGAAAAGUUUGCAGGUGCUUUCGCUGCAAUGCCUCAGACCGUCAUAUGGAGCUAUGAGGGCCCCCUACCCAAAGGACUUGGCAAUAACACCAUUGUGAAAAAAUGGAUCCCCCAAGAGGAUCUGUUGGCGCACCCUUCUACAAAGCUAUUAGUGACACAAUGUGGAUCGUCCGUAUCAUUCCAAGCGUUGCAUUAUGCUAUGCCCACUGUUGGAGUGCCGUUCUUUUGGGACCAGUCUUUUAACUGCCACAAGCUGACUCACAAAGUAAAGUCUGGAAAAACAGUUUUGUUGACAGAAAUGACGAGUGAAAAGCUUAGUAACGCUAUGAAAGAGGUGAUCGGUGAUAAACGCUAUAAAGAUAAUGCAAAUAAAGCUGCAGACAUCUUCCACAGUCAGCCUAUUGAUCCAAAGAAAAAGGUUAUGUAUUGGAUAGAGUACGUCAUCAAACACAAAGGGGCACAUCAUUUGAGGUCGGAUGCAGAAAACAACCUAAAUAUGUUCCAGUACUAUCUUCUUGAUAUAAUUGCAUUGGUUGUGUGUUCUUUGGUCAUGUUUGGUGGUGUUGUCGCUAUUGUUGUCAAGUAUUUGAUUCAAUACAUAUUACGCCGAUUGAAUAACAAAACAAAAAAGGACUAGACAAUAUACCAAUGACAUUGAAAGAACCAAUUCAAGUGCUCUUCAACCAUAUAUGUACGAGUAUAGGGAUGAUUAGCUUUUACUUUACUAAAUUUAUAAUCACUUCUAUUUAUGCCGGUGUAAAAGGGUAGGAGGUCCUAUCAAAUUAUGGUCCUACUUUCCAUUGAUUUAUAUGGUGACCUAAAUACAACUCUUUCCCUCAUUAUCUUAUACACAAUCAGGGCCAGUAAGGGCCGUUAAGAAAGGGGACCAUAUUCCCUGGGGGACCAUCAUUUCUUUCACACCGGGUCACAUUUGCUCCGAUCCAUCGGCCGGCGCCCGGCCGAUUGAGUGUUUUGUUCAAUAUUGUAUUCGAUUUUGAACAAAAUACUCAAUCGCCCGGGCGCCGAAGUGAAAAUCGGAGCAAAUGUGACCAAGGUAUCAGUUAAAUGUAUUGCUACAGCGUCACCUUCAACGAGUACAAUUUUUACGGAAAUUGUGGCCAUUGAUUCGAAUUCAGUGGCCAUCUUGAAAAUUUCUUCCUGAGUAGAGUCCCUUGUCUCUGAGGCACCAGCGUAUAACAUUUAAACCAAAACCAUUGAAUCAUUUGAAUGGUAUUUGCGUUAUCAAAUAUUACAUGAUUUUAACGAAAAAUGGAGGCUAUUUUGAAUUCAUUGGCCAUCUUGAAAAUUUCUUCUUGAUUAAAGUUCAAUGUCCCUAAGCCAUCAGCAUGUACAAUUUGAAUCAAAUCUGUUGACUGGUAUUUGAGUAAUACCAGUCAAAAACGGGAUUUAUUUAUUCAUUUAUAUUUUGAGAUUUCUCCAAGGCAUGGCUCUU